GGGGAUGCCAUAUGGCGCCCCACCACCCCACCAUGGCCCCCCACCCCAGCAGCACGUCGUGCCGAUUGAUGCAACCGCCGACGUCGACGCCAUCCACCGUGCCUGCAAAGGCUUCGGGACUGACGGGCGUGCGUUGAUCAGUAUCCUGGGCCAUCGCGACGGCCCGACGAUUGAUGCCAUCCGUGCGCAGUACACCACUCGAAUCCGCCGUGACCUCAUAGAUACCCUGGAGAAAGAGACUUCCGGCAAUUUUGAAACAGCGCUUGUAUCUACAGCCCUCGGACCCAUCGAGUCAGAAGCCUACUUUGCGCACCGGGCCAUCGCGGGGCUCGGCACGAAGGAAAGCAUGCUGACCGAGGCAAUCAUGGGGAAGAGCAACCAGCAGAUCGCGAUGCUGAAGUCGGUCUACCAAAAAAGGUACCGCGAGCCCCUUGAGAGCGCUGUACGCGGCGACCUCUCGGGCAAGACGGAGCAGCUGUUCGUCAUGGCGCUCACCGGCAACAGGAUGGAAGACUGGGUCGCGGUUGAUCCGCAGAUCGUCUCGAAUGAUGUCAGAACGCUGUACGCCGCGACCCAGGGCCGCAUGGGCACCGACGAGAUCCAGGUCUGCUCCAUCCUCACGAGGGCUAACAACGCCUACAUUUGCGCAUACGCCGACAGCUAUAAGCGGCAGUACGCCCAGGACUUUGUCAAGAUGAUACGGAAGGAAUUCUCGGGGCACAUGGAGGCCGCGCUGCUGUACAUUGUCAAGGGCGCUUUGAAUAAGACUGAGAGGGAUGCGGAGCUGUUGGAGGACAGCAUGGCCGGUAUCGGGACCAAGGAUGAUUUGCUAAUAUCGAGGCUUGUCAGGGCUCAUUGGGACAAAGGCUAUUUCCCCAUGCUUAAGUUGAAGUACGCCGCUUUGUACAAGAGGGACCUCACGAAGCGAGUCAAGGGGGAGACCAGUGGGGACUAUGGGAAGAUGAUGGUCGCAUUGACUAGUUAGGCUCCUGUUAUCGGUGUUUUCUAAUUUUCUCUACCAACUUGAUUUACUGUUUUGCCUCCACGCUUAACGUAUUAUGAAAACCUUUUCCCCCACCCCACUCCGAUCCCCUUCUUGGAGGGACCGUUUCUCAUGGGCCUGGCGUUUCCCUGUCUGUUUGUCUGUCUUUCAUCCGGAUUCAAAGUUACCAGGCCAUCCUUUCCGUGAACUCCGAAACUCCUUUCCCCCUAGUCUUCCCGACCACGAGCAUCACUCAUGUAACAUUAUCCUUUGAGGGGGAAAAUAAAAUAAAAUAAAGGGAGUGCCCAAUCCCCGGAUGGCAUUUCUAUCCCCAAAAACCAUUGCGAGUGAUCCUCCAUGCCAAGCAUCAUAGGUCCUCACUCGAAGUACCCGACCUCCCGUCAACGAGUUGGACUAGGAGACGGGCUAGACGUGGUAAUGAUUCGGGCAAAACUCAACAGAAGGAGAGGAAGUUGGGAAGCCUCAGUCGAUAUCCGGCGACAGGUGGAGAAAGCACGGAAGAGCGGCGGUUCCUCCCGACAGCAACACGUUGGAUUCGUUAUGAUAUGCUACUUUUAGCUGAAUUCUGUGGUUUUCGCUUCCCUUCCCCUUUUCCUUACCUUUUCGAAAAUCCCACGGUGCGCGGUCUUGGAUAGGGCUCACAUGUAUCGCGGUUCACUUGUACCAUGUUGCACACUACCUGGCAUAUUACGAUAAUAUUAUUAUCAUAAGUGUCGCUGGCAGGUCCGUUUCGCCCUCCUCCGGCUUCUGUUACAUCCUCGGGGGGGUUUACUCGGAGUGACCCUGCGUGGUGGUAUGUAAGUGGGAGGUGGGCACGAUAUGAUACGAUAGACAAUCUAGGGCUGGCAUUUACACGAUGUCAUAGAUUCGGGUCACGGGUUUACCACUUUUCACCACCGCUCCUGAAGCAACUUGAAGUUUACACACUCAAUGCUCACCCCACUCGGGUUUUUCUAGGGGUUAGGCGGGGGUGGGAAGGGGUUGCCUUUGGAACCGGGCUAUGAUACGACCCCUUGAUCCUCAAAUGGUUCAAUCACUCAUCACUGCGUGUGCGGUGCUGAAGGCCGGUGUGGUCUGGAUGUUUGAGGAGGUGCAGGUGAAAAUGGAGGAGUUCCGUGGUGUUUGGAAAUGGGAGAACCUACCAAUUUUCUUGGCUGUGUACCUUUGUAUAGUUCCUUCGUCUGUUCGGUGUGGUUGUGUUGCGUACGGUUUGGGAAGGUGGUGUUGUGUCGUCGGGUCAAUGUCUGCUUAUUGUUUUGGAUAUAGGACGCUUGCGUGUAUGAUGCUAGUAGUGUAUUUCUCCUGCUCUUGGUGGAAAGGACUACCCUAGGGGGAAACAUGUUCCUGAUGCCUUCCUCGUCACUCGUAUCAUAUAUAUUUGCUUCACUUAUUCCCCCACUCUUCCCGCCGCUCUAGGGUCUCUAUAUACGUUGGGUUUAAAGGCAAUCUACCACUUCAUUCACAGAGUAUCAUACCCCCUCUUGCUUUUGUCAUAACCUGCACCCUAUCCAAUAGUCCCUUUAUCACCGAGUCCUAGUGUUUGAAAAUUAGAUUGAGGUAUGUAGGCACAUACCCUGU